CGCCAAUUGCUGUCCCGUGCUACUUAACAAGGAAUGAAUGUUAGAGGAGCAAUCCGCUAUGCACCGCGGAUUCGAGUCCAACAGACAACGGCAUUGUCGCGUUUUGCAGGAGCUGUUGAGGCCCAUCAGAAGAAGUCGGCGAUCAAAAAGAUUGCCCAUGCGCGCACGCCGCCCGGCCGACGAGAGGUGAGAGGUGACAGGCGUGGCCAUGGAGCGCGGCGGGUCCAGCGCCUCGCGCCCGCUCUUCCCCAGCGGCCCCAGCUUCACGCUCGACGACUUCUCCAACAAGGACUUCAUUGUCGGCGACUUCGUCGACUCCCUCGCCGAGAACGCCCUUCCCACAAGCCGCCGCUCUGGCCCGGCGCACCAGGCCUUUGACCCAAAACCCUUGAUCAGGACCUUUGAGAGCUCCCUAUCGGGACUGAGCGCGCUUUCAGAGGAGCUGCAACAGCGAGAAUCCGAGCUUCUAUCCCAAGUUCGUCGCGCCGAGAUCCAGCAUGACCAGACCCUCGAGACCCUUGGUCGCAAGCUCGACCAGUCCAUGGCACAGUUCGAGGCCCUCGACCUGACGCUCAAUAACUCCAGUUCAACGCCAAAUGGUAACAACCGCGCAGACGGCGGAGGAGGGGGGGCAGGAGGAGGAGGAGGAGGAAACAUUGCCGUGCAGAUCGGCGAGAAACUCGAGGAACUGGAUCGGAAACGGAGGAAGGCGCAGGACGCCAACUUCCUGAUCCAGUGCUGGAUGGAGGUCACCGAGACGGGCCAGCUAGCGUCACUGGAGGAGAUACAGCGUCAGGGAGGCGCGGAGAACAAGGUCCGGUGCGCCGUCAUUGCUCGCCAGCUGAUGCGCAUCAGCCAGCGGCUCGAUCCAGUAUCCUGGGGGCAGGCGGCCAACGGCUUCCGAGGCAAUGGCAUCACAAACGGGGUCACAGGUACCAACCGGCGGCACAACACGCGGGAGGCGCUCGAGAAGUUCUCGGAGCUGCUGGAGCAGGACCUGCUCAAGCAGUUCAACAACAGCUACCGCCGCCAGAACUUCGACGACAUGAUGGAGUGUGCUCGGGUGCUAUAUGACUUCAACGGCGGAGCCAGUGUCAUUGCUGCCUUUGUCAACCAGCACCAGUUCUUCAUUGACCGGGAUCAGCUCGUAACGGACGAGGUCACCACCGACGGCGAGACAUGGGAUCAGCUUGCCGACCCGGACUCGGACCCGCCAGGCGUCGAGCCGAGCCUGCAGUCGCUCGUGGACGAAGUCAAGAUCGUGAUGCAGGAAGAGUCGUUCAUCAUCAAGAGGGCCUUUCCGUAUUACGAGAUAGUGCUCGGCAAGUUCAUACAGCGUGUCUUCCAGCAGUCGAUCCAGCAGAGGCUGGAAAUGGUCCUAGACAAAGCCACCACCAUCUCGACGCUGGCGUUCCUGCGCUCGUUACAUGCGUCUCGCGCCUACAUCGGGGCCCUCGUCGAAGAUCUCAAGACGCACGGUUUAACCGAGCACCCGGAGCCGUGCUCAGCUCAGAUCUCGCAAACCCUGGAUCAGCAGCUGGAGGAACUGUUCAUCCCGUACCUGGUUGGCAAUUCGUACAUCGACCGCGAGAGGCGGAGCCUGGAAGAGAUGUACAACUCGCUGCUGUUUAAAUUCACGCUCUACCACUCGCGGCGGAAGAAGGCGCCGACCGGGUUCAUGGCUGCCAUUGCCCAGCAAGGCACGCAGCUUAUCGCGUCGGCAAAGGAUGCGUACAUGGAGCGUCUCGAGUCGUCCGAUCUAACUCCCACGCAGAAGCGGAUGAUGCUCCGCGUAGCACGCAUCCAGGACAGCAGCAGCAACAAGAACGACAUUGAGGUAUCAGAGCAGGACGGCGCCCUGAGCGUUGCCUACGCGAAGCGCAUGAUCGGCUGGCUCGCCGAGAGCGUGCGCCGCACGCUCGAGAUGGGCUCGGCGAGCGAGACGCCCAAGGACGUCAACGUGCUCCUUAACCUGCUCCUCACUACCGUAGGCCAGGUCUACGUCGAGACGGCACUCGACGCGGCGCUCGAUCAGGCGACAUCGCAGGAAAACUCCAAGACCGAGCCCGACCUCCAGUACCUCCCCAGCCUGCGGCCCGCCGUCACCAUCACAAACCUCAUGUCCCGCUUCAUCACCACCGUCCUGAUCCGCCUGGCCGAGUCCAACACCACGGUGCGCCGCAGCAUGGAGGCCCAGUCCAAGAUGGCCAUCGACGCCACCGAGCGCAAAGCCAACGCCGUGAUGAAGAGCACAAUGGACGUCGUCCUCAACUGGGUGGCCAAGCUCCUCUCGCAGCAGAAGAAACUCGAUUUCCGUCCCAAGGACAACGACCUCGAGGGGCUCGUGGACUCACUGCAGACGCCAACCUGCCAGGCCAUCUGCACGUUCCUCUCCUCCAAGGUGGCGGUCGCGGCCCGCCAGGCAGUGGACGGCCACAACCUGGAGAUGUUCGCGUCCGAGCUGGCCCUGGCCGUCCACCGCCUGCUGUUCGAGCACUUCAAGAAGUUCCAGGUGAACGCCACCGGCGGGCUGAUGGUGACUAAGGACAUUGCCAAGUACGUGUCGACCGUCAAGGACUGGCCGCUCACCAAGGAGGUCGAGCAGAGCCUCGAGGUGCUGACCGAGGUCGGCUAUCUGUUCAUCAUCGGGCCCGAGGCGCUCAGGGAGCGGUCGAGGAACCUCGCGUCUGGGUCGGCGGGGUCCGGAGGCGGCAAGAAGCUUGGGAAGGCCGAUUUCAAGGCGUUUGUGCAGAAGCGUGAGGACGCCGGAAGUGCCGGUGUACAGAGCGUGUUGGCGGGGCUGUGAUCUGGGGACCGGAGGUCGUAACGUCAAUAUUGACUGGCGUUGAGAGAGAGGGUUGCCGUGGUGGAUACUGCUGGGAACUGCCACGGUCUGGGAAGGGAGAAGAGAGGGAGUGGUGGCGGGGGGAGAAUACUGUAUGCCUUGUGCAGCACGCGUAUAUUCUGUCUGACGUGCGGGGUGAUUGUUUGAGUGCGAAUGAUACCAGUAUGAGCGUGCUUUAGGAGUAGUACUAGUAUAUGCUCAUCGGAAGGAGAGAGAGGCUUUGUCGAAGCAUCACGCCCAGAUAUAAGAGAUCUCGACAUGACA